GUCCUUCCGGUAACCGCCACGCCGGCCUCUCCAGGCUUAGCACUGUUUUGCGCAUGUGCAGUAGGGAGUGUCGCGAGCCCGCGGCUUCCCGCCGAAGACUAUGAUGAAAGGGGAACCCAACCCUAGUGCUUCCCUUAUUGACAGAACCAUCAAGAUGAGGAAAGAAACCGAAGCCAGGAAAGUGGUUUUAGCCUGGGGACUCCUUAAUGUAUCUAUGGCUGGAAUGAUAUAUACAGAAAUGACUGGAAAAUUGAUAAGUUCAUAUUAUAAUGUGACAUACUGGCCCCUCUGGUAUAUUGAGCUUGCCCUUGCAUCUCUCUUCAGCCUGAAUGCGUUAUUUGAUUUUUGGAGAUACUUUAAAUAUACCGUGGCACCAACAAGUCUGGUUGUUAGCCCUGGACAGCAAACACUUUUAGGGUUGAAAACAGCUGUUGUGCAAACGACUCCUCCACAUGACCUUGCAGCAACUCAAAUCCCUCCCUCUCCACCUUCCCCUUCAAUUCAAGGUCAGAGUGUAUUGAGUUAUAGCCCCUCUCGUUCACCCAGCACCAGCCCCAAGUUCACCACCAGCUGUAUGGCUGGAUAUAGCCCUCAACUGCAAGGUCUGUCGUCAGGUAGCAGUGGUUCGUACAGCCCUGGAGUGACCUACUCACCUAUCAGUGGUUAUAAUAAGUUGACAAGCUACAGUCCCUCUUCCUCUUCUCCAUACCCUACCACUGUUGGACCAGUGGAGAGCAGCGGGUUGAGAUCUCGCUACCGUUCUUCACCCACCGUCUAUAACUCACCUACGGACAAAGAAGACUACAUGACAGACCUCCGAACUUUGGAUACUUUUCUGAGAAGUGAAGAAGAGAAGCAGCAUAGAGUUAAGCUGGGGAGCCCAGAUUCUACCUCUCCUUCUACCAGUCCUACUUUCUGGAACUACAGCCGUUCUGUGGGGGAUUAUGCACAAACUUUAAAGAAGUUUCAAUAUCAGCUCGCCUGUAGGUCACAGGCCCCAUGUGCUAACAAAGAUGAAGCUGAUCUCAGCUCCAAACAAGCUGCAGAAGAGGUUUGGGCAAGAGUGACAAUGAAUAGACAACUUCUUGAUCAUAUGGAUUCAUGGACAGCUAAGUUUAGAAAUUGGAUCAAUGAGACCAUAUUAGUGCCACUUGUACAAGAGAUCGAGUCUGUCAGCACACAGAUGAGACGGAUGGGUUGUCCAGAGCUGCAAAUAGGAGAGGCCAGUAUUACCAGCUUGAAGCAAGCUGCCCUGGUCAAAGCCCCUCUCAUCCCCACUCUGAACACCAUCGUGCAGUACCUGGAUCUCACGCCCAACCAGGAAUACUUGUUGGAAAGGAUCAAAGAACUCUCCCAGGGAGGCUGUAUGAGCUCAUUUCGAUGGAACAGAGGUGGAGAUUUCAAAGGACGCAAGUGGGAUACAGAUUUGCCCACCGAUUCUGCUAUCAUCGUGCAUGUAUUUUGCACCUACCUUGAUUCCAGAUUGCCACCACAUCCUAAGUACCCUGAUGGAAAAACCUUUACUUCUCAGCACUUUGUUCAGACACCAAAUAAACCAGAUAUUUCCUUUACAGAUGUUACAAACGAGAAUGUAUUUUGCAUUUACCAGAGCGCUGUCAACCCUCCCCAUUAUGAGCUAAUCUACCAGAGUCACGUCUACAAUCUUCCGAAGGGCAGAAAUAACAUGUUUCAUACGCUGUUAAUGUUCCUCUACAUCAUAAAGACCAAAGAAUCAGGAAUGCUCGGGAGAGUUAAUCUUGGCCUAUCCGGUGUGAAUAUUUUGUGGAUAUUUGGCGAGUAGCAGGUCAUUUAGUUCCAAACAUUUGGACUUUUAUUUGAACCAGAAAUUGCUGACUCUAAGCAUCUCUUAGUCACUGCCUCUUCUGAAAUACUAUGCAUAUGUGUAUGUGUUACAAACUCUUCAGAUUUAACAAAAAAGUAGCUAUUAUGAAACUUCCUUGUGGAAAUACGUCCUGUAUCUUCCUUACCAAGAGGUAUUACCUUCAAUUUUAUAUCACAUUUCAGAUUUUUCAGCCACCUGCAAAACCUCAACCCUUCAGAUUCUUGUUGACCAACAAUAGUGCAGUUCUUCCCUAGUUAAAUGGAGUCCUUUUUUGUAACUCCUUAAGUGACAUCUUCCACCAUGAUUUUUUUUUUUUUUUUUUGCUUUCCAGUCAUGUUACUUAGUAUAAAUACUUAGAAAGAAACAAGCGAAUUGCUCAUUUAGUAUUUUUAUCUCUGUAUUUCCCCAGUCUUCUGAAAGCCAGCCCGAGGCUCACAUGCAAAGAAAGGAGAUUAACUUCUAAGUAAUACGUUUUUAAAUAUUAAGAGAGGUUCAGCAAUAUUGGCAUUACUGGAUUAAAUUUAGCUGGUAGAAUUAACUUGUUAAGGGUCUGAGGACAGCAAAAGAGAUGUUCACUGCUUUUGGUUUAAACAACUCAAAUUUCACUGUUCAGUAAUACUGUGUUAUUUUAAUAGCUCCCUUCUUUAAGAACAUAGUGAUAGCCCAUCUAAAAUUUUUAGGUGUAUUCAGAAUGUCCAGUGAGAAGUUACCAAGCUUGAACGUUUUGCUUGACUCCCCAUCUUUAUUUUCUUAUAUGUAUAUGUAGUAUCUCUAAGGCUAGCUAGCAAUUCUAUAUAUAUUUUUUUGAUUAACAUGUUAUUAGAGACUGCUUCCAUCACCCUAUGUAUACCUAUAAACAGCUGACACCAGUAUCUUCUGAAUAACUGUAUGUCAGCUUUAUAUUUGUAUCCUAUUUUGUAUAAUUUGUAAUCCUGUUUUUCAAAAAGUUGUUCCUGUUUUUUAUAUGUCAGAUGUCCAAAGAAAAGGAAGGUGUUGUGACUUCCUAUCUUUUAAGUGUUUUUGAUGCAUGUUAACUACAUUUGUUAUAUUUUAGAAGAAAGUAUCGAUUCAACAUGUUAAAUAUAAGAACACGUUAAAAAUCUAAGUCUGUGAUUUCAGGAGUUAUUCAGAUGUCAUGAAACAACAGUUGUUAUGCUGUUAAACUGUACUGCUAUGCAUACCUUAUUAAAAGCGAUAAAGACCCAGGGCAGAAAUGGGGAGAGUGCUGAAAAAUUGUGGCAAAGGAAACCAAGGUCAUGAAACACUUUAUGUACAAACUAUAGAAUGGGAAACUAAUUUGCUCUCUAAACUUUCACCUAAGGCACAAUUUAAAAAAAAAACACUAAGAAAAAUUUUAACAGUACACAAAAGGUAUUUUCCUUCUCUGUAGGACUUAAGGUCACUGUUAGUUCUAUAAUUCAAAGCUAUAGUAUUUUUUAAGUGGCUAUCAAUAAAAUACACAGUAAAUAUAUAUGUAAAAAUACUAGGGGUUAUACACUAGGAAAAAGAAAAUGUUUUGUUUGCAUACUAAGUCCAGUGUAGGUUACUGUACUCUGGGUAGCUUUCCUAGAUUAACUUUUCUUUAUGAAUGUUUGAGCCAAUUUAGACUUAAAUCAGGUAUGUAGCUUUUAUAAAACAAUCCUUUGGUGAAUUAGUUUGAAUGUAUACUUCAGGAAGAUGGUGCACUGCAGAUGCAGGAGACAUUUUUGGUCCUUGUGUUAAGAUGAGCAUAUACCUACUUUUCUCAAAUAUUGUUUAUAGGGUAUUUGUCACAAGUUUUUCUUUUCGUUGCUUGAUGCAUCCUGUGGGAUCAGUCCGUGGGCUAAUCUUCUAGAUCGUGUUCUUAUAUCAUUUUUUUCUCCAUGAAUGCCACCCUUUACUUGAGCCAGGUUUAUUUUAGGGGCGUACUUAGGUGUUUAAAUUAUAAUUUAGUGCCCACUGAGACAUAAAGGAGCUGUGUUGCUUGGCUUUCUCAGACUGAUAGAUACGCUGGUAUUGUAACAGCAAUGAUGCCCCAUGCAUAGGGUGGCACUUCUAAACUGAGCUUUGCCAUAGAAAUCCUCUGGGUGUGGACUUUCCUCAGCAACUGCUGUCUGGUCAUCUGUGUCACGGUGUAUGCUUCUCGUCCACCAUAUGGCUUCAUAUGUCCCCUCUUUGCAUUCAAGACCCUAGUUCAUCAUUCAGUCUGGCUCCUAUCCCAGGCUCUGGUGGGACAUUUCCGGUUACCUGUCAGAUGUUUCCAUUUGGAUAUCCUGCAAACUCUGUCUGUCUGAAACUGAAUUCACGCCUGUUGAAACCCGCUGCCUCUUCCUACAUCCCUUUUUCUGUUCAUUGCACUACCAGUUGCCCACGCUCAAAACUCUGGUGUCAUCUCUGAUUCCUUGAGCUCCCUGGGUCCCCAGUUCAUUCAGGCAGCAAACCUCAUCCAUUCUGUCUUAACAGUGUCUCCUGCAGCUGUCCCUUUCCGUUUCUGCCACCACCGUGCUCAUUUAUACCCUUACCAACUCACACAGGACUAUUGAACCAGCCCAGUUAAUCUCACAGCCUCCUAACUGUCGCCAUGCUUCUAGGCUUUCCAAUUGAUUCUGCACAUUCUCUUCAAAUUCAUCUUCCCAAAACACCUGUUUGAUCAUUUCAUUCCCCUGACAAAUUCCUUAGCCUGACAUUUAAAGCCCCCUACAGUCUGGCCCCAACCUGGCCUCAUUCCCCCCGCCAAACCUUGGCUCCAACCUGCGCAGGCUGCUCACUGCUUGGUGGGCCCUCUGCUUGCGGCCUUCUCAUCCUCAUCACUCUCUGGGGAUGCCCCCUUCCGUUCCUCAGGCUGCCUGGGCCUGGAGACUUCGUUCUAAUUAAACCUGCUAUUUGGAGUGGGUCCUGGCCGCUCCAGCUGGAAGGCGGUGCCCCUGUGGAGUGAUGAGGUCUGCGCCACUGCUUUGGCGCUUGGCAGCCAUUCAGAUGGGUUCACCAGUGACUUGAAGUCUCUAACAGUGGCUCCUUACAUCUUUUCUCCUCACAGAAGAGCUGAUUUUUUCUUACUUUGUGCUGCUGUUGAGGACUUAACAAUGGCUAAAAAAAAAAUCAAAUGACGUGUUGCAUUGGGCAAAUCUGCUGCAAAAGACCACUUUGAAGUGUCAAAAAAACAAAGAUGCCACUUUGAGGACCUGACCCAAGCCAUGGUAUUUUCAAUCCCAUGUACAUGCGGAAGUUGAACAAUGAGUGAGGAAGCCUGAAGAACUGCCGCCUCUGAAUUAUGAUGUCGGCCGAGAAUAUUGCCUGUACCAUGGACCGCCAGAAGAACGAACAAGUCUGUCCUGGAAGAACUACAGUCACAAUGCUCCUUAGAAGCAAGGAUGGGGAGACUUUGUCUCACAUGCUUUGGAUAUGUUAUUAGGAGGGACCAGUCCCUGGAGGAAGACAUCAUGCUUGGUAGAGAGUCAGCAAAAAAAGAGGAAGACCCACUCCCAGUGGUGCCUUUGAGCAGCUGAUCCCAAUGGCUCCUUUUGUGGCUAGGCGAAGCCUGGGAGGGUGCAUUCCCAGGCCUGGGCAGCUGCAGCAGAAUUGCUUGGAAAGUAAAGGUGUUAGGAAAGCAAGGUGAUCAAUUCCACAUACUCUUGAGGGUCUUCCUUGUGACCUGUAGGUGAGGCCACUGCAUUCAUAUGGAGCAGCACCUUGUUCCAGGGCCACAGGCUGCCCUGUGAGGUUCUGGGAGAGGCUGGCUGGCCCACUCAUCCCUCUAGGUGGCUUCAGUCCACUGGCCUCACCAGAGUCUUUGAGGGUAAGUAGCAGAGGACUGGGCUCUGGCAGGAAGACUUCAGGGAGGAUGUGUGUGCUGUUGUCUGCCCACUUAGGAGGAGGGUUUGCACAUCAGCCCCUGUGCUACUUGGGCCCCAGUAGUCCCACAUCUCACUGAUCUGCAGGACUGCUAGGCACUUGCUCUGAGCCACGUCUCUAAUUGACUCCUGGGCUAUCACCAGUAGUUCCAUCUCCAGUGAGCUGCACUGACUUGGGGUGGGACAAGUAAUGGAUUCUGGGGAGGGUGAUCCCUCCGUCAGCUGGAUGGGUGUCCACCUAGGAGGGCAGUGACACCAGAGACAGCUUAGCUGGUUCAUAUUCACACGUUCCCAGGCACUGCUAUAGAUGAAAAUACAGGUACAAAUAAAUCCACUCACACACCCAAGCCAAACAAGUCUGAUAGAAGAGCCGCUGGCUGAAGGGGACUGAGGCUCAGAGGACUGAGCUCUCUCCCUAACUGAGGUGGGGCAAGCCAUCUUCCCCAUUGUAGUUUCUGGUGAUAAGGUAAAGAUAUUUCUCCGACCUCAGGUGAUUGAGAAACUAAAAGUGAAAAUAACAGACAGUGCUGUUAAGGAAAAAUGGCUUUGAAAAUAACAGCAUAAAACUAGGAAAUGGCCCCUCUGGUGUUGUGAAGCAAUGAUCUCAUUCUUGCCUCACACUGAGAUACAGAUUGUCAGGGCCUGACACCCUCACCCGCCCACCCUGGCCCAGCUGUGUGCUCUUCCCUCUCCUCACCACCCAGGCCUGGCCAUCUCCCAGACCUAGCCAGUACCGGCUUUUGUCUCAAAGGCUAUGCUGUCUGCUGUACCAAGAAAACAGUCUCCUUCCUCUCUCCUAUCUAAACCAGAGGGGAAAAACAACAACCUGACUCAGACUCUGCUUCCAUGAGCUGCGCCCCAUAGGAGGAAAGUCAGAAGGUGGUCACCUGCUCUGUAGGGGGCAAAACUUGAUUUCUCAGGAGCAGCAGCCAGGCGUGAUUCUUCCUCGGACACAUGGUGUGGAGACUGGAAUCAGGCAGCUCUGGGAUGGUUUUGGCUCAGAAUACAGGCAUCAGCUUACUGAACUCAACUCCAAAGAAAGGCCCUUGUGUUCCUACUGGGUAGGGGGAGCCAUCUCCCGGCCAGCCUGAGGAGGGAGGAGUCAUCAAGCUAACUUGUGAAAGAAAGACUUAGCAGAAGGAAGUUUGAAGCUACCAGCCCCCAAACCUGGUGGUUUGAGAAGGUAUUACAUGUCUUCCAUCUCAAGUUAGUUAACCACUCUUAAAUCCAGUACAUUUUGCUUCCAGUGAAAUGUUCUUUAAACUUUUUUUUAAUAACGUUUAUUGUGCUUCAAGUGAAAGCCUACAAACCAAGUCAGUCUGCCACACACAAGCCUACAUACACCUUACUCCAUACUCCCACUUACUCUCCCCCUAAUGAGUCAGCCCUUCCAGUCUCUCCUUUCGUGACAGUUUUGCCAGUUUCUAACCCUCUCCACCCUCCCAUCUCCCUUCCAGACAGGAGACGCCGACACAGUCUCAAGUGUCCACCUGAUACAAGUAGCCCAGUCUUCGUCAGCAUCUCCCUCCAACCCAUUGUCCGGUCCCUUCCAUGUCUGAUGAGUUGUAUUCGGGAACGGUUCCUGUCCUGGGCCAACAGAAGGUUUGGGGACCAUGACUGCCAGGAUUCCUCCAGUCUCAGUCAGACCACUAAGUCUGGUCUUUUUAUGAGAAUCUGGGGUCUGCAUCCCACUGAUCUCCUGCUCCCUCAGGGGUUCUCUGUUGUGCUCCCUGUCAGGGCAGUCAUCAGUUGUGGCCGGGUACAAUCUAGUUCUUCUGGUCCCAGGAUGAUGUGAGUCGCUGGUUCAUGUGGCCCUUUCUGUCUCUUGGGCUCAUAGUCUUUAAACUUUUUUUAAUGCCAUCUUUUGAAAAUUAUUGGAGUUACAGUGGUGGUUAGGCUCCACUUAGGCCAAGUGCUUGGAUGGAACUUGGAGGUGAAGUCCACAUCCUAGACUACGGUGUCUCUUAAAGAGAAAGCCGAACCAAACUUGUUGAGUCGAUUCCAACUCAUAGCGACCGUAUAGGACCCAUAGGGUUUCCAAGGAGCAGCAUUUGUUGAUGUUCUUAGUUUAUAGACAAAGCCUCACAUGCUGUGUUCCUCUUGUGUGUGUGUGACUCUAUUUCCCUGACUGUCUUUGUCUUUUUAUAAAAUGACAUUCAGAAAGGAUUAGGGUUAAGACCCAACCUAUCCAGGUAUAACUUCAUUAAGUUAACUGAUAAAAUCUACAAAGAAAAACCGUAUUUCCCCAAACAAGGUCACAUUCACCAGUGCAGGGGUUAGGACUUCAGCAUGUCUUUUUGAGGGGCAGAGUUUAAUCUAGCAGGGCCCGUGCAUUUUUCAUUGUUGGGCUACAUGAAAAUUGAUUUCAAUAGUAAAGGGUAAAAAGCCAUCUAGGUAAUUCUCUGCCAGUAGUUUCUCAGUAGGAUGCAAAAUUGUUGGCAUCUUGCAAGCCCUCACAGCUGGAGCUGUAUUGGGGUGGAUCCAGGUAUGAGAUGUAGGAAUGAUCUGACCUGCUACCAGGAUGCCAUGAUCCUAUUCAGUGAGACCUUGUAGAGUUUUCUCCAAGCGUUUGUCUACAUGAACUAAAGGAUGUGUUUUCUGAGCGGCUUGUCCAGAAGCUGCUUUCUCUGAUGAGGAAGCCAAGGUAGCCUCAGUCUGUUCAGUCAUCAGCUUUGUCUCCUGGCCAGCACACUCUCAGAGAUGCACAUCCUAGUUGUGUAUACUUUUCAUAAAUGGACAAGCGUCUACAGAGUGCCUGCUAUGAACAAUGCCCUAUGCUAAGAAUGGCCAACAAGAAUGCAGUAAUGUGUCCCCUCAAGGAGUUUACAGUUUAGAAGUGGAGAUGCCAUUCGGAGAGUUUAGGAUAAGUGUCCCCAAAAAGGCAAGCUUCAGCCCUCUGCAGCUGGUGGCAUUGCAAAUUGGUACAGCCCUUUAGGAACACAACAUGGGACAAUAAAUGUGUCCCAGUUACUCCAGCUACAUAACGAAUUUCUCCAAAACAACAAUAAUCAUUAUCUCCCCCUGUGGGUCAAGAAUUCAGACAAGGCACAGUGGGGAGAGCUCAUCUCUGCUGUACAAUGCCUGGGCCUGGAAGGUGGAAUCACCUUAAAGCUUGUUCAUGGCUACUGACUGGAAACCUACCUAGAGAUGUUGAUGAAAUGCCUACAUGUGGCUUCUCCAUGUGGCUUGGGCUUCUUCAUAACAUGGUGGCUGAGUUCCAAGUUCAAGUGGAAAGAGACAGGAAGAAGCAUAUUGCCUUUUAUGACCUAACCUUGGGAGUUCCAUAACAUCUCUUUUUCCCCAUUCUGUUGAUCAAGGCAGUUACAAAGAUCUGCCCAAUUUCAAGGGCAGAGAACAUAAACUCCAACUCUCAAAGGAGGAAUGUCCCAUGUCCCAGCAUGUGGGAUGGGACAUAAAUUGGUGUGGCCAUUUUGGGAAAACACAAUCUGCCACCACGUGUAAAGUCCAAAAAAAAAAAAAUGUUAAUACCAUUUGUCCCACUGAUCCCAGGAAAAUAUUGAACAGAAAAAAAAAAAGAUAGUUAUGCCUAGAGGUGUUCAUUGUGUUCAUUUCUUCAUCUGUUCAAUAAAUACUGAUUGAAGUACUUUGCUGGGUACUUUGAAAUACAAGGAAGACUUAAGAUAUUCUUCUUUCCCUCAGAUAGCUUCUAGUCUAUGAUAGCUAAAAACAAAAUCCAUCCAAAUGGUGAUGAACAGUUUAGUAAAUUCAACUCCAUGAGAUACAUCUCAGGAUGAGAUACCUAAAGACUUUUAUUUUGCCUUCUUUUUAAAAUUCCUACAACUUUGAAGAGACAGAGUAGGAGGAUGGGGAAAAAAUGUUGAAUAGACGUGAAAACAAAUCAAAGUUAUGUAGAAAUAUGCGUGAAUAUCGCCAAGGACUAGAGAGAAGAUCCAAAUGUCAACUCGUUGAAAUAGGAAUAUGAAUACUUGUUUUUCCAUUUUCCAUUUUUUUCUCAGUAGCAUAUUGCUUUGACAAUUGGAAAAAAUCCAAACUAUCGAAAAGUGGUGCAAAUAAAAUUUCAUAGGCGGUUAGAGAAGGAAAAGCUCGCUGAGUGAGGAGCUGAGGAGAGGCUUCAUGGAAGAGGUGGCACAGGAAUUUCAGCAGGCAAAGAGAGAAGCAAGAAUCAAGACGUGAAGACUGAAAAGGGAAAGAUGUCUUUGGAAAACUUCAAAGAAGCCAAACUGGGAUGGGUUUAGAGGCACAUGGAAAGAUAGAACUGGAAAGAAAGGUGGACCUUAGGUGUUGGGCUAAGGAUUUCAGACUAUUCAUAGACUUGGAAGAGAUUUGGAGCUUCUUAGCAGAAGUUAACUUAAGUCAAAGUUAAGGUUUUGGGAAGAUGAAUCUGACUAUGUCCUGAGGAUGGACAGAAGCCAGAGCAGCUGCAGUAGUAGACCCAGGAAGAGGCUGCUGCAGUAACCCAGGGCCUGGACUCCAGAAAAACAAACAAACAAAAAACCCCGUUGCCAUCGAGUCAAUUCCGACUCAUAGUGACCCUAUAGCACAGAGUAGAACUGCCCCCAUAGGGUUUCCAAGGAGCGGCUGGUGGAUUCGAACUGACUAUCUUUUGGUUAACAGCCGUAGCUCUUCACCACUGCACUAUAAGAUCACUAUGAGUUGGAAAUGACUUGACGGCAAUGGAUUUUUGGACUCUAGAGGUGGCAGAAAAGAUUGGAGAGCAUUUUUUGAAGGAAAAUGGACAGAAGUGGUGCACACAACUCCAAGAUUUCGGUCUGGGUGAUUGGGAAGACAGCAGGUGGCACUAAUAACAGAAAUAAAUUGAGGAAGAGGAGCAGGUUUGGAGUGGAAGAGAAAUGUGAAACAUGUUGAGUGUGAAUUGCUAUUGGGACAUCCAAAUGGAGAUGACAACAGAUAGUUGGAAAUGUAUGUCUGAACCCUACUUUUGGCAAAACAACUUGAAUGUAUCCCCUCUACCUGGAAGACUCUUCCCCCAGCCAUCCGUGAUAGCUCCUCUCCUCUCUUCAAUCAGACCUCUACUCAAAUUUCACCCUCAGACCCUUUCUUACCGCACUAAAAUAACACCCCCAUUGCUCACUUUCUUCUUUGCGCAUAUCACUGCCUUAGAUUUUACUGAUUCUCAGCUCCCCCCACUAGGAUCCCCUUUAGAGAGGGGAUGCUAGUCUUACCUUACUGGUUUGAAGAACUGAACAUUACAGCACAUGCUAGUUCACCCUUACAUAAAUCCCUAUGGUGAAAUGACCAAAACAAAACACACAAAACAGUCGAUUCCAACUCAUGGUGACCCCAUGUGUGUCAGAGUAGAACUGUGCUCCAUAGGGUUUUCAAUGGCUGAUUUUUCAAAAGUAGAUCACCAGGCCUUUCUUUCAAGGCACACUUGGGUGGACUUGAACCUCAAACAUUUCAGUUAGCAGAGAAGCACCUUAACCAUUGGUACCACCCAGGGACUUUGAUAGAACAAAUAGCAUAUUCAUUUGUAACUCCCUCAGAUUUGAGUCUAAGAGUUUAAAACUUUUCUGCUAUGUCAUAAAUCAAAAAUACAGCUCAGAAGAAAGGGCACACUGCAACCAUUUCUUAAGGAAGUUUCCAGAUGACAGCAGAUACUUCCUUGUACAUCCCAUUGGCCAGAACUUAAUCACAUGGACACAUCCAGCUGCAAGGGAAUCUGGGAAAAGUAAGUUUUUGUUCUCCAUGGCCGUGUGUCCAGCUAGUAAUCCUAGUGCUACAGAAGAAGGAAAGGAUGUAUACAGAUGACAAGCAGAAGUCUCCGCCACUGCAGAGAUGAUCCCACAGAGCCUUGGCGCCCCUCUUUCCGAGGACAGUGACUGUGGAUGGAGGACUCAUCGGUUCCCUGGAAAAAUUUAACUCUCACCAAGAGCUUCCUUAAUUGGCUCACCCUCUCUCCUUUCAGGAAACCCUGGUGGUGCGGUGGUUAAGCACUACGGCUGGUAACCAAAAGGUCGGCAGUUCAAAUCCAUCAGGCGCUCCUUGGAAACUCUAUGAGGCAGUUCUACUUUGUCCUAUAGGGUCACUAUUAGUUGGAAUUGACUUGAUGGCAAUGGAUUUUUUUGGUUUUCUCUCCCUUCAAUGCCCAUGGAAACAGCAGUCAAGAAAUCAAAUGACGUUUUAUUGCAUUGGGCAAAUCUGCAAAAGACGUCUUUAAACUGUUAAAAAGCAAAGAUGUCACUUUGAGGACUAAGGUGCCCCUGACCUAAGCCAUGAUAUUUUCAGUGAUCUCAAAUGCACUUGAAAGCUGGACAAUGAAUAAGGAAGACCAAAGGAAAACUGAUGCAUUUGAAUUAUGGUGCUGGUAAAGAAUGCUGAAUAUACCAUGGACUGCCGAAAGAGCAAACAAGGCUGUCUUGGAAGAAGUAUAGCCAGAACGCUCCUUAGAAGUGAGGAUGGCAAGACUUCAUCUCACAUACUUUGGACAUGUUAUCAGGAGAGAUCAGUCCUUGGAGAAGGAUAUGCUAGGUAAAGUAGAGGGUCAGUGAAAAAGAGGAAGACCUUCAAUGAGACAGGUUGACACCGUAGCUGCAACACUGGGCUCGAAUAUAGUAACAAUUGUGAGGAUGGCACAGGACGGGGCAACGUCUUGUCCUCUUAUACACAGGGUCACUGUGAGUCAGGACCAACUUGACCGCACCUAAGAGCAACUCUUCUUCCCCAGGCACCCAAGAUGAGGAAAUGUUCAAAAACUUUCUGGGUUACAGAUGCCAAAAUCCUUCAGACAUGUCCACGCUCCUUCUCCGUAAGUAUCUUCAGUCAGCACUGACUACAUAAUUUGCGAGACCUAGUGCAAAAUAAAAAUACAGGUUCCCUUGUCCAAAAAGUGGUAAGAAUUUCAAGAUGGAGACAGCAGAGCUUUAAGCCAAACGUGGGACCCCGUGUGAAUGAGCAGGUCGUACACCCAUGAAGCCAACUCUGUAUGUGACCUCACAAAAGAAGGAAGCUGUUUAUAUCUACCAUGUACCACCACAUGCCAUCCAGUCAUAAAGAGAAGUGAAGUUCUGAGACAUGCUACAACAUGGAUGAACCUUGAAAACAUUAUGCUGAGUGAAAGAAGCCAGACACAAAGGACAAUAUUGUAUGACCCCACUUAGGAGAAAUUCUUACAUCUAGAACAUAGAGACCAAAGUUUGUUAGUGAUUACCACUAAUCGCUAAUCGGGGAGGGGAGGGUGGGGCGUGAUUACUUAAGGGUGCUGAGUUUCUCUUUGGGGUGAUAAAAGAUUUGGAAAUGGAUAGUGGUGAUGGUUGCACAAUGUGAUGAACAUGAUUAAUGUCACUGAAUUGUACAUACAAAAAUGGUUGAAACGGCAAAUGUCUUGUUAUAUAUAUUUUAACCACAAUAAAGAAAAACACUGCAUGCAAACAGCAUUGGCUUUUCCGACUGCUCCAGCUUGUAGUUGAGAUUUUUUUUCCUUCUGUGUCCCACCUCAGGAAAACUGAGAAGUGGUCCUGGGGACGAAACAGUUGGGUUGUCCCAUUUUACAAUGAUCGCACAGCCGCAAGAGGGCGUGCGAGCGCGCUGUGGUCGUGGGUGCUGGUCAGAGCCCUGCCUGGAGGUCUGGCUGAGACCGUGUGGCUGGCUGAGGAGUGGUAGUUUUUUCCUCUCAGUUUGUUCGUUUUUCCCCUCAGGCUGACUCUGGUGCCAGGACAUUGACUUCAUCUGACAGUCCCCUGGCCCCACCACCUCUUGGAUUAGACUCUUCUUGCAGCCUCUGGCAGGCCUGUCCUACUGCCCUUUAGGGGGUUAGGGAAAGGUCAUAUGGCAGCCUGAGGAGGGCUGGCCUGGCACUGGCCUGGUGCCCUC